UGGGGAAGGUUCUGGCCAAGGCGAAGGCAGCUCCUGGCAGUGAAGGGCCAGGACGCCAGUGGUUUCUGGGAUGCAGUCCCUAGCUACGUAUUUAUGAUUGAGCCAGGAUGACACAGCCGAUCAUGUCCUGGUUAGGUCUGGGUCCGGUGGCAACCUCCCCGUGGCUGCUCGCACUGCUGUUUGGGGUCCUCUGGCUCCUGAUGCGAAUUGUGGUCCAGACCUAUGCUUUCUACAAAAACGUCCAGCAACUCCAAGGUUUCCCUCAGCCCCCUAAACGAAACUGGUUCUUGGGUCACUUGGGGCAGAUACAGCCCACAGAGGAGGGUUUGAAGUUCGUGGACCGGAUGGUGCACACCUACCCUCGGGGAUUUGUGAUGUGGUUCGGCCCCCUCCUCCCCGUCAUCACUUUGUGCCACCCUGACUCCCUCCGAUUUGUCCUCAGUGCCUCAGUUCAGAUUUCAGUCAAAGAUGUCUUCUUCUACAGCUUCCUGAGACCCUGGCUGGGGGAUGGGCUCUUGCUGAGUGCUGGUGACAAGUGGAGCCGCCACCGUCGCAUGCUGACACCCGCCUUCCAUUUCAACAUCCUGAAGCCCUACGUGAAGAUUUUCACUGACAGCACAAAAGUCAUGCAUGCCAAGUGGCAGCACCUGAUCUCCCAGGGCAGCGCCCGUCUGGACAUGUUUGAGCUCAUCAGCCUGAUGACCUUGGACAGUCUGCAGAAAUGUGUGUUCAGCUUCGAGAGCAACUGUCAGGAAAAGCCCAGUGAAUACAUUGCUGCCAUCUUGGAUCUCAGUGCUCUCGUGUCAAAAAGGGUUGAUCAGAUCUUUCUGCACAAGGACUUCCCGUACCUCCUCACCCAUGAUGGUCAGCAAUUCUGUAAAGCCUGCUGCCUGGUGCAUGAGUUCACAGAUUCUAUCAUCAAGGAGCGGCGUCACACCCUGCUCAAUCAGGGAAUUGAUGACUUUCUCAAGGCCAAAUCCAAGUCCAAAACUUUGGACUUCAUUGAUGUGCUUCUGCUGAGCAAGGAUGAAGAUGGAAGGGAGUUGUCAGAUGAGGACGUACGAGCAGAGGCCGACACGUUCAUGUUUGCGGGUCACGACACCACGGCCAGUGGUCUCUCCUGGGUGCUGUACAACCUGGCCAGGCACCCAGAAUACCAGGAGCGCUGCCGGCAGGAGGUGCGAGAGCUCCUGAGGGGCCGUGGGCCUGAAGAGAUUGAAUGGGAGGACCUGGCCCAGCUGCCCUUCCUGACCAUGUGCAUCAAGGAGAGCCUGCGUCUGCACCCCCCGGUCACCGACAUCUCCCGCUGCUGCACACAGGACGUUGUGCUCCCCGAUGGCCGGGUCAUCCCCAAAGGUGUUACCUGCCUCAUCAGUAUUUUCGGGCUGCAUCACAACCCAGCUGUGUGGCCGGACCCCGAGGUCUACGACCCCUUCCGCUUUGACCCAGAGAACAGCAAGGACAGGUCGCCUCUGGCUUUCAUUCCCUUCUCCGCGGGGCCCAGGAACUGCAUCGGGCAGACCUUCGCCAUGGCGGAGAUGAAGGUGGUGCUGGCGCUGACUCUGCUGCGCUUCCGCGUCCUGCCCGAUGCCACAGAGCCGCGCCGGAAGCCCGAGCUGAUCCUGCGCGCAGAGGGCGGGCUAUGGCUGCGCGUGGAGCCGCUGAGCUGAGCUGUGCGUGCAGGGAGCUCCGUGGCCUGGCCGGGGAUCCAGAUUACCCCUGGCUCACCGUCCUUUGCGAAGACUCUCAGGAAUAAACUGUGCUGUCCCCUGUGUCAGUCCCAGCGAGCGCCAGCAGGGGGAGCUGGGGACCCAUGGGUGGGGAUGAGUGGGGUGGGAAAAAGGAGGGCGGGGGGUCUCUGAGCCCAAGACCAUGACCGCUUCUGGGUGAACACAGGGCCCUCACGGUGACGGUGGGAGCGACGGGAGGUGUUUGAGCAGAAAAGGGACCGGGAUCAUUAGGGAAGUAAGGAGACCUCAGCACUUUGCCCUUUCAUGACCUCCAGUCUUAUCUGCUAAUGCACCCUGCCUUCUGUCACCUUUGGAUUCUUCAGUGUUUCUAAGGUCACUCAAUUGUUUUUAUAGAUAAAAUAAUUUUAUUUUCUAUUUUUAAAAUUAGUACACAUUUGCAGUACAUAAUGUUUUAAUGGAUCUUAGCCAGCAGUCACACGAAUUUCACAUGAUUUCGUUUAUUCUCUCCUCCUUCUCUCCCUUCCCCUCCCUUCAUCUCUGUAUCCCCUUCCCAUUUGCGGAAGAUCUUUCUCCCUGUUUCCUGUAGCCUAGUUUUUAUUUUUAAAGAAUUGUUUGUACUUGGGUUUCACAUUUAGGAGAAGUACGCAACAUUUAAACUCGUGUAUCUGAUGUAUUCCCAUAACAUUAAGGUCUCCAGGUCCACGUGUUUUCCUACAAGUGACUCAGAUUGAUCCUUCUUUACAGCGGAGUCGUCCUCCACUGUGCACAAGUUGCACGUUCUCUUUAUCUGUUCCUCUGUUGGACAUAUAGGCUGCUUUCAAGAUGUAGCUAUGAUGAGUUUUGCUGGUAGAAAUACAGGAAUGCAUAUAUCACUGUGGUAUGCUUUAACUCUUUUGGGAGGAUACCCAGCAGGGAAAUACCUAGGUCAAAUGAAAUUUGUAUUUUUUGUUUUCCGGGGCAUCUCCGCACUGUUUUCCUUUGCAGUUGUACUGGUUUAUAUUCCCACCAACAGUGUAGAAGUAUGCUUUUGACCCCACAUCCACAACAGCAUAUGUUGUUGACUUUUUUUUUUCAUGAUGGCCAGUCUUUCUGGAGUAAGAGGAAAUCUCAGUGAUGUUUUGAUUUGCAUUUCUAUUGUGGCCAUAGACCGUGAGCAAGUUUUGAUGCAUUUAUUGGCCAUUUACAGCAAGUUAAAGUAAACAAGCAA